AUGGAAGAAACUAUCGCUAAAGCGGACUCCGAAUUAGAAAAAUCAUGGGAAUUGCUUAUAGGCAUUACGAAAUCGAUCGCUGUUAUGGGAGAUACAAAAUUAGCUCUAAGAAAACUUUGCGGUUACAAUCCAUCAAACGCAUCAAUUGCUUUCUAUGAACCAAAACUCAAGAAUCCCAUUAGCAUUCUUAUGACAACGACUGAAGAAAUUAUGAAACAAAUUCAAGAAUCCCCUUCUGCUCCAGAAUUGUGGGCUAAGCUCGGCCAUUGCUAUUUACAGAUGAAUGACUAUCCAAAUGCUGCUGCUUGCUAUGCAAAAACAAAGAAAAUUGCUCCAAAUUUUGACAAUCCUUAUUUUUGGUAUGCAUACGGAGUUGUAAAUCAACAUUUCAACUACUACAAUGAUGCCGGUGAAUGUUUUUCACUCAGUACUAAAUGUUCUCAAAAAAUUAAUUUUGGCGCUGAUUUUAAUUUUAAAUUGGCAAUGCUCUAUAGAGGCACAAGGGAUUACACUGAUGCUCUGAGAGUUUUUGACAUACUGCGAAGAGACAUUCCUGCGAAAAUGACCAUGGAUGAUAUUAAUUUUCAAGUUGCUUUUACACAACAGCUCGCCAAGAGAUAUGAUGAAGCAUACAGCCUAUACUACGAUCUUUACACCAGAUAUCCAACAAUAAUUGAAGUAGUUCAACAAUUUUUGUUAUUUAUCUCUUUGUCCGGCAGUAGAGAGUAUCUUGAGCAAGGAGCAAAGAUCAUACAAGAAUUACCACCAGAAUUUCAGGUUGAUCAGACCAUUCAGCUUGCUCAUGCCCGAAUUUUACUUGAAACAGACAAUUUGGCCGAUUCUUACGCCAUGUACUGCAGAUGCUUGAGCUACUGGAAUGACAAUCCAAUUCUCUGGUGUGGCCUUGCAGAACUUUACUAUAUUAACCAACAAUAUUCGGAUGCAGACAUUGCCCUCAACAGAGUUGUAUUCCUUAAUAACAAAAUACCUGAAGUAUGGCUUAACAUCUCAUUUAUUGCUGAAAAAGCCAGUACUGACAAGAUUAGCGCAAUCAAUAAAAUUAAAACAGGAUUACACGUACUUCCGAACUCAGACUUGCUCAAACAAAGAUUGGAUGACCUCCAGAAGGGAAAGUCAACACAAGGAAUGUCAAAAUUGUUAGAUUAUUCCUUCUUCACCCAACCAGCAGAAAGAGAAGCCCAAAGAAGAUUAAGCGAUACACUGUAUAUCCCAAUAGAAGAGAUUUUCCCAGGAAACAGGUCGUUGGCUGAAGCUCUCAAGACAAUGGCCGAUCGAUACGAUUCAAUCUUCUCUCCAAGCUACUAA